AUGGGCAAAGGAGAUCCUAAGAGGCCGAGAGGCAAAAUGUCAUCGUUUGCUUUCUUUGUGCAAACUUGCCUGGAGGAACACAAGAAGAAGCACCCAGAUGCUUCAGUCAACUUCUCAGAGUUUUCUAAGAAGUGCUCAGACAGGUGCAAGACCAUGUUAGUGGCUAUUGAGAAAGGAAAAUUUGAAGACAUGGCAAAGACGGACAAGGCCCAUUAUGAGAGAGAAAUGAAAACUUAUAUUCCUCCUAAAGGGGAAACAAAAAAGAAAUUCAAGUAUCCCAACGCACCCAAGAGGCCUCCUUCGGCCUUUUUCUUAUUUUGUUCUGAGUAUCGCCCAAAAAUCAAAGGAGAGCAUCCCGGCCUAUCCAUUGGUGACGUUGCAAAGAAGUUGGGCGAGAUGUGGAAUCACAUUGCUGCAAAUGACAAGCAGCCUUAUGAAAAGAAGGGAGUUUUCAAGGCUGAAAAAAGCAAGAAAAAGAAGGAAGAGGAAGAAGACAAGGAAGAUGAAGAGGAGGAGGAAGAUGAAGAAGAAGAUGAAGAAGAUGAUGAUGAAUAA